CAGCCGAGCCGGGCGCGGGGCCGCGCUGUGAAGCCGCGGGCUCCGCUCCCCGCACCGAUGGAGCUGCAUCCCCGGGAUCCCGGCCGCACCGCCUGGGCACUGCCCUGCCUGCUGCUGCUCGCUCUGCCCGGUGCCGGUGCCCAGAGGGGUCAGGACUUCAAGCUGCACCAGCCCCAGGACAAGGUGUCGGUGAAAGCAGGGGAGACGCUCACCCUGAACUGCACCGUGUCUGGAUCCUUUGAAGCUGGUCCUGUGAAGUGGCUGAAGGGCUGGGGCACUGAGAACAGGACCAUCUAUGAGGACACUAUGGGCCGUGCUUCCCCCCGUGUGACGAGAGCAGUGGAAGAGUCCAACACAGACUUCACCAUCCACAUCAGGGAUGCUCAGCCCGAGGAUGUCGGCACCUAUUACUGCGUGAAGUUCCGCAAGGCCCUGGGCGGUGGGAAUGAGGUGUUUCAGCGUGGAAGUGGCACAGAGGUGUCUGUGCUCGCCAAACCCUCCACCCCGAUCGUGUCCGGGCCCAGCCAGAGAGCGGGACCGGGGCAAUCAGUGGCUUUCACCUGCACGGCUGGAGGGUUCUUUCCCGAAAACAUUGGUGUGAAAUGGUUCAAGUUACAUGAGCCGGAGAAGAGCAGCGAGGCCACGACCCAGGAAUCCGACCCCAACAACCUGACCUAUGCAGACCUGAACUUUGACAAGGAGAGGAAGACCAUCCGCCGGAUGGUGGAGAUGAGCCAGCAGUCGGAGUACGCCUGCAUCCAGACCAGCCAGGCCCCCAACGGCGGCGACGACAACCUCACCUACGCCGACCUGGACAUGGUGCAUCUCAGCAAGGCGCCCAAGCGGCCGGCCCCGCGCCCCGAGGAGGCCAGCUCUGAGUACGCCAGCGUCCAGAUCCCCAGGAAGUGAGCAGUGGCUGCUGGGACCCCCUGUCCCACGGGGGGCAGCUCUGCUCCUCCCCGGGAGGGUUCUCCUGGAAGCACUGGGAGCGAUGUGAAGAUGCGCUGCGGUACCUGUGUUUUAGGACGGAAGUGGAGCCCGUGAUACUGUGGGGGUCAUCUCCCAUCCACAGAGACCUGAUUUUUGGGGCCAGCUUGGUCUUAGGGCUGCCGGCUCCAUCCCCUCGGGACCCCCCUCGGGGGUCGCUUAGCCUCAGUGUGCCGGGUUUGCCCACGAGCGGGUUCAGCCAGCGGAGCAGCAGCUCCUUGGGAAGCUCGAGCUGGGCUGAGGGGACAGGUACAGUGCCUCCACACCAGCUCUCAUGGGGAUGCCACUGCCUGGCCCACGGCUCCCCGGGACCAGCAGGGCCCCCACACUGCCUUCUGGGGCUCUGCCACCACGCCUGGACACCACACUCUGGCUUUAAAGGAAGGACCGAAGCGUCCGCCUCUCUUCCCAAGUGUCCCUUCUGCGGGACCUCGGUCUCGCCCCAAGGCCAAGAGGCUGGAAGGCCAUCGAGCCGAGCCCCCACCCUGCCGUCCAGCGGGGCUCCAGGUCUGGCUCCCCAGCACCAAGUAUCCUUAUCAUCAUCAUCAUCAUCAUCAUCUUCCUCUGCACAGCCUUGCCCUGCACCGGGACCCACCAGCGCUGCCCCAGGCUUGUACAAAGCGUGCGGGGGUCCCCCCAGCCUGGCUCCCCGCCCCGGGAGCUCCCCGCAGGUACCAUGUAAUAUGUUUUGACUGUUUUGACAUGUAACUGUUAAUUUUUAGAGCUGAACUCCCCCCCGAUGUUUUGUGUUGUACGUGGGUGUACUGCUGUGUACUUAACACUAGAAUAAGAUGUGCAAGAUUAAGAACGAGGCCUCAGUAAAGACCCUCCAACCCCUACAGAGUUUAUAAGAGACUUAACAUGCCCCGCUCCCCAGCUCUGUCUUAGGGGCCAGGCAGGCUCCCCCCAGGCCACUCGUGAGGACAAAUGUCUUCUUCCAUGUGCCCCUCUCUGGGCCAACGUGCAGGGUCUCACCCUGUGUUGCCUCCUGCAGCAGAGGAAAUGCGUGGGGCUCCCCCCCUGGCAGCUGGCAGGGGGCUGAGGGGACCUGGGGAUGCUUUGGGAGCAAUGUGACUGCUUGUACAGACUUUUUUUGUUGUUUGUUUCUUUUUUUUUUUUUUCUUUUUGCUUGCAAGAUAUUUUUAUAAUAAAAGUGAAAAGUCCUGUGCUGCUCCCGCACA